UCCUCCCCCGCCGCAUCAAACCACAUCCCCCGCACGCUUCCCAACCAACCCAAACAGAUAGCAUUUCGUCGAACACCUCGCCUCGCCCCCAAUGGCCACCGCCGCCACCACCACCGCGUCCCUCUUCACCCUCUCCCCCGCGGCAGGCAAGCGGUUCGUCCUCUCCUUCCCGUCCCUCGCAUUCUCCUCCCGCCGCCUCGCCGCCCCCGCCGGGCCUGGGCUCCGCCUCCGCGCCGCCGCAGCCUCGAGGGCGACAAGCAGGAGGCGGGCGUCGGCGUCGGCAUCCCCCAUCGUGGCCACCAUCGCGGUGGGCGACAAGCUCCCCGACGCGACGCUGUCCUACUUCGACCCGGCCGACGGGGAGCUGAAGACCGUCACGGUGGCGGAGCUCACGGCGGGGAAGAAGGCCGUCCUCUUCGCGGUGCCCGGCGCGUUCACGCCCACGUGCUCGCAGAAGCACCUCCCGGGGUUCGUGGAGCGGGCGGCGGAGCUGCAGGCCAAGGGGGUGGAGACGCUGGCGUGCGUGUCGGUGAACGACGCGUUCGUGAUGAAGGCGUGGAGGGAGGCGCUGGGGGUCCCCGACGGCGUGCUGAUGCUGUCGGACGGCAACCUGGAGCUGACGCGCGCGCUGGGCGCGGAGAUGGACCUCUCCGACAAGCCGGUCGGGCUGGGCGUGCGGUCGCGGAGGUACGCGCUGCUGGCGGAGGACGGCGUGGUGAAGGUGCUCAACCUCGAGGACGGCGGCGCGUUCACCAGCAGCAGCGCCGAGGACAUGCUCCAGGCGCUCGGGUGAGCAGGCCCGUCGGCGUCUUCUUGUGGCCGGCUACCCGAGCAUAGUGUCGUGUCGUGGUCGCUGUGGAGAGUUCUUGUUUGUUCAGCGUCUUGUGCCAUUCCGAUCCCCAUGUUCGAUGACAUGCCAGUUGAGAUCAAAUAGCGCUGCCGCUGCAUGUGUUGCUGCGACUUGCGAGCAGUCAAUGGUGUUGUUUCGUCAGCAUGUGUCGUGGGCAUGGGAUCGGUCAGCAAGGGUGAAUGGAGUUGUAUGGAAUGUUUUCAUCGACGCCAUCA